ACAGGUGUCUCGCCAGUCCCCUAAGAAACAGCGCCUGGAAACUGUUGGAGAACUUUUUUUUUUCUUUAAUUAAGUUGAUCGUAACUGUAACUCAGCUGGGAUCUGCUGUCCGACGAGACAGACCACUGUAGUUCAUGUAGUCAGAUCUUAAGUGUGUUUACGCGCCGCAGCUCGAAUCUCUUGCUACUGUUAAACGUGGAGUGACGAACCUGGAGAGCUCACCACAUCGAGCCCGGUCCCACUCUCCCAUUUUCGCUGUUUUUAUGCUGAAUCUGAUUUCACAGCUUGGAAAAUCAAUUACGCUAAAAGUUAAAGACGUUUAUAAAAAAAAACUUUAAGGUCGUGUUAAACUCAGUUUGUCUCUCGGUGGAUUCGUUUUCUUCAAGAUAUUCCGCCGGUUCUGUUACGCACCAGAUAUGUGGUGGAUGCUGUUUCCCCGAUGGAUCUGGUUUCUUCUGGGACAUUAUUACACUUUUCUCCUUUAUAUGGACAGCUGCUGCGUGAGAGCGAUGCCUAUGUCUGUGGCAAAAGUGGUGUACUCUCACGCAGGUCUGUGCCCGAAUGACCUGAACCCCAACCUGUGGGUGGAUGCUAUGAGCACCUGCAUGCGCGAGUGUGAAUCUGACCAGGACUGUGAGACGUUCGAGAAGUGCUGCCCUAAUGUAUGUGGUAACAAGAGCUGUGUGGCUGCACGCUAUAUAGACAUCAAGGGCAACAAGGGCCCCAUUGGAAUGCCAAAGAGCGCCACCUGCGACAAGUUCAUGUGCUCUCAGCAAGGGUCCGAGUGUGACAUCUGGGAUGGCCAGCCUGUUUGUAAGUGCCGGGACCGCUGUGAGAGACAGCCUCACUUCACAUGUGCAUCUGACGGCAUGACAUAUUAUAACAAGUGCUACAUGGAUGCAGAGGCCUGUUCCAAGGGUAUCUCUAUCUCUGAGGUCACCUGCAGGUACCACCUGACCUGGCCAAACACCAGCCCUAUUCCUGUGGAGACCACCCUACACCCCACCACAGCCCUCCAGACCACCCUCCCAGCUGAUAUCCAGCUACCCGUCAUUCACACGGGCCCCACCCAGCAGGCUAUUUUUGUUGGGGAGACAGCUAGCUUCCUGUGUGAGGUGUCUGGGAAGCCACAUCCGGAAAUCACCUGGGAAAAACAACUGAAGGGCAAAGAGAACACCGUAAUGCGACCAAAUCAUGUCCGAGGGAACCUUGUGGUCACUAACAUGGGCCAGCUGGUCAUAUACAAUGCACAACUUCAGGAUGCUGGCAUCUAUACAUGCACAGCCAGAAAUGUUGGGGGAAGUAUAUCGUCACACUUUCCCUUGAUAGUGGUCAGAAGAGAAGCGAAAGGUAAGAAUGCAGACAGGAAUAGUACCAACCUGCCUUUUCCAGCUGAAGAGUGCCUUAAGAGUCCAGACACAGAUGACUGUGGAGAAGAGAGCAUGAGCUGGUACUAUGAACCAAAGAGGAACAACUGCUUCACCUUCACCUACAGUCAGUGCAAUAAAAACCACAACCAUUUCGACACCUAUGAAAUUUGCAUGCUGUCAUGUGGCGGAGAGCUAGCGGCUCCCUGUAGCCUACCAAGCCUCCAAGGCCCUUGCAAGGCCUACGCACCUCGCUGGGCAUAUAGCAGCAGCCUCAAGAAGUGCCAAUCCUUUGUCUAUGGAGGCUGCGGUGGCAACGAGAACAACUUUGAGUCCAAAGAGGCCUGUGAAGAGAUGUGCCCCUUUCCAAAGAAUAACAACUGCAAGAUGUGUAAACCUCGAGGCAAGAUGGUCACUAGCUUUUGCAAGAGUGACUUUGUGAUCCUGGGGCGUGUGACUGAACUGACGGAGGAGCAAGAAUCAGGCCAUGCUUUGGUGACAGUGGAGGAGAUCUUCAAGGAUGAGAAGAUGGGUCUGAGGUUCUUUGGCAAAGAACCUUUGGAGGUGACUCUUCUGAACAUGGACUGGAACUGCCCCUGCCCCAACAUCACUGUGGCUGACGGACAGCUAAUCAUCAUGGGAGACGUUCACAACGGGAUGGCCGUCCUGCAGCCCGACAGCUUCGUAGGCUUCUCCAGCACUCGCAGAAUCAGGAAGCUUCGUGAACUCACCCAAAAGAAAACGUGUGAUGUGCUUAAAGAUUUCACUGCUGUCUAGUAGAUUCUUUUAAAAGCAUCACACUCACUGAAAGUCAGUUAUUUUCAGAUCAUUCCAAGCUCCAGUGACCUCACCAGUCUGACCGACUGCCAGUAAAUGCAAAACUAGCAACGUAUCUGUAACAUUGGAGGUUUUGUUGCCCAUUUCACAUGUUACUUUCCUUCUUUUUUCUUAUUGCUCAGUAGAUUUGUUUGUUUGGGAAAGCCAAGUAGAAUAGCAAUAGUCACAAGCAUUUAUCCCAUAAAAAGUAUUUAAUCUGUGUAACUCUAUUAAUUUUCCCUUUUGAAUACACAACUAUUCAUUUAACAUCCUAUUUAAAUAUAUGUGGUUCAUUUGCUGUUGUUUAUGUGGGAUCUCCCAAACAGACACGGUAUAACAUCUAUAUAACUGUAUAACGUCCUGAGCCUUUGUGCUCACCAUGUGAAGCCUCAGUUUAUCUACCAGAAUCAAAUAAGCUCUUUGGUUCCAGUUUGUUGUGGAAUCUGUUUUGAUAAGUUUUAAUUUACAAUACAGAACAUGUAUGUGGACUUCUGUACUUCUAUACUACAUAUUUAUUUUUUGAUCUCUCUAUAUAUAUUAAUGUUCAUUACA